AUUAUUGGUCUGUAUCCGCCAGAGGAAAAGAAGAAGAAGAAGAAGAAGAACCGGAAGUGACAGUCACAGCUUGUGAUUAAAGUUUCCUCAGAUGUCCAGAAGCUGUCACCUUCUUCAUGACUGCUCAGGUGUGUGUGUUGUACUUCGCUAAGAGCGUGGAGCUGACCAGAGUGAAGGAGGAGAUUGUUGCUGUGCCAACACCAAUCAGCAGCCGGGACCUUUGGAGACUGUUGCUGCAGCGACACCAGAGACUCUCCGUCCUGCAGGAUCAGGUGGUGUUGGCGGUGCGUCAGCAGUACGUUGCCGUUGGCGACCAGGUGGUGACUCUGGCAGACGGAGACGAGGUUGCUGUGGUGCCGCCGCUCAGCGGAGGAUAAACACGGAUGAUGGCCGAGUCAGAGGAGCGGAGAGACGUCUUCAAGCUGAGCCGUGAUUGGCUGUCUGUACAGGAAGUGGUCGACACCGUCAGCAGCUCCUCCUGUGGAGCCAUUUCAGUUUUUAUAGGUACGACCCGGGAGGACGAGGUGGA